AAGGACGAGCGAGGAAGGCAGCCACCACACAGGGCAGUGCCUGACACACAGUCAAGGGAGCUUUUGUGCAGGAGCCAGCUCUCCUGCUGGAUCCUCAUGACGAGAGAAUGGGCCCUGAUCUUGUCCACGUUGCUCUGUGGCCUGGUUGGCCCCACGCACUUGUUCCAGCCAAGCCUGGUGCUAGACAUGGCCAAGGUCCUUCUGGAUAACUACUGCUUCCCAGAGAACCUGAUGGGGAUGCAGGAAGCCAUCGAGCAGGCCAUCAAGAGUCGUGAGAUCCUCGCCAUCUCAGACCCUCAGACUCUGGCCCAUGUGCUGACCACCGGGGUGCAGAGCUCCUUGAACGACCCUCGCCUGGUCAUCUCAUAUGAGCCCAGCACUCUUGAGGCUCCCCGGCAAGCCCCAGCACUCACCAACCUCACCCAAGAGGAACAGCUUGCCCGGUUGCAGAAGGGCAUCCGCCAUGAGGUUCUGGAGGGCAAUGUGGGCUACCUGCGUAUGGACGACAUCCCAGGCCAGGAGGUGGUGAGCAAGCUGGGGGGCUUCCUGGUGGCCAGCGUCUGGAGGAAGCUCAUGGGCACCUCUGCCUUGGUGCUGGACCUCCGGCACUGCACUGGGGGCCACAUUUCCGGCAUCCCCUACGUCAUCUCCUACCUACACCCAGGGAACACGGUCCUGCACGUAGAUACCAUCUACAACCGCCCCUCCAAUACAACCACUGAGAUCUGGACCCUGCCCCAGGUCCUAGGAGAAAGGUACAGUGCCGACAAGGAUGUGGUGGUCCUCACCAGCGGCCACACGGGGGGCGUGGCUGAGGACAUCACUUACAUCCUCAAACAGAUGCGCAGGGCCAUCGUGGUGGGUGAGCGGACUGUGGGGGGUGCCCUGGACCUCCAGAAGCUGCGGAUAGGCCAGUCCGACUUCUUCCUCACUGUGCCCGUGUCCAGGUCCCUAGGGCCCCUGGGAGGGGGCAGCCAGACAUGGGAGGGCAGUGGAGUGCUGCCCUGUGUGGGGACACCAGCAGAGCAGGCGCUCGAGAAAGCCCUGGCCAUCCUCACUCUGCGCCGGGCCCUGCCAGGAGUCGUGCAGCGCCUGCAAGAGGCACUGCAGGCCUACUACACGCUGGUGGACCGCGUGCCCACCCUGCUGCACCACCUGGCCAACAUGGACUUCUCUGCGGUGGUCUCCGAGGAGGACCUGGUCACAAAGCUCAACGCUGGUCUACAGACUGCGUCUGAGGACCCCAGGCUCCUGGUGCGGGCCGUCAGGCCCAAGGAAACCCUUUCUGGGCCUGAGGUUGGAGACGAUGACCCUCCGGAGGUGGUCCCCACAGUGGCUGAGGAUGAGGCUGUCCGGCGGGCCCUGGUGGACUCUAUGUUCCAGGUGUCCGUGCUGCCGGGCAACGUGGGCUACCUCCGCUUUGACAGCUUUGCCGACGCCUCGGUGCUGGAGGUGCUGAGCCCAUACAUCGUGCGCCAGGUGUGGGAGCCCCUGCGGGACACGGAGCACCUCAUCAUGGACCUGCGCCAGAACCCUGGGGGGCCAUCCUCUGCUGUGCCCCUGCUACUCUCUUACUUCCAGGGCCCGGACACUGGCUCCGUGCGCCUCUUCACCACCUAUGACCGCCGUACCAAUGUCACACAGGAACACUUCAGCCGCAUGGAGCUGCUGAGCCAACGCUACCCCACCCAGCGCGGGGUAUACCUGCUCACCAGCCACCGCACCGCCACUGCCGCCGAGGAGCUGGCCUUCCUCAUGCAGUCACUGGGCUGGGCCACGCUGGUGGGCGAGAUCACCGCGGGCAGCCUGCUGCACACCCGCACGGUGCCCCUGCUGGAGAUGCCCGAGGGGGACCUGGUGCUCACGGUGCCCGUGCUCACCUUCAUUGACAACCACGGCGAGUGCUGGCUGGGGGGUGGCGUGGUGCCCGAUGCCAUUGUGCUGGCCGAGGAGGCCCUGGACAGGGCCCAAGAGGUGCUGGAGUUCCACCGCAGCCUGGAGGCCUUGGUGGAGGGUACAGGGCACCUGGUGGAGGCACACUACGCACAGCCAGAGGUCGUCGGGCAGACCAGUGCCCUGCUGAGAGCCAAGCUGGCCCAGGGGGCCUACCGCACGGCUGUGGACCUGGAGUCACUGGCCUCCCAGCUCACGGCCGACCUGCAGGAGAUGUCUGGGGACCACCGUCUGCUGGUGUUCCACAGCCCUGGUGAGAUGGUGGCUGAGGAGGUGCCCCCACCACCCCCCGCUGUCCCCUCCCCAGAGGAGGUCUCCUACCUCAUUGAAGCCCUUUUUAAAACAGAGGUGCUGCCUGGCCGACUGGGUUACCUGCGCUUCGACGCCAUGGCUGAACUGGAGACGGUGAAGGCCAUCGGGCCACAGUUGGUGCAGCUGGUCUGGCAGGGGCUGGUGGACACAGCCGCUCUGGUCGUCGACCUGAGGUACAACCCUGGGAGCUACUCCACUGCUGUGCCGCUGCUCUGCUCCUACUUCUUUGAGGCAGAGCCCCACCAGCACCUCUACUCUGUCUUUGACAGGGCCACCUCGAGGGUCACGGAGGUUUGGACCCUGCCGCAGGUGGCCGGUCAGCGCUAUGGCCCCCACAAGGACCUCUACAUCCUGAUGAGCCACAUCAGUGGGUCGGCAGCCGAGGCUUUUGCCCACACCAUGCAGGACCUGCAGCGGGCCACAGUCAUUGGGGAGCCCACAGCUGGAGGGGCCCUCUCUGUGGGCAUCUACCAGGUGGGCAGCAGCCCCUUAUAUGCCUCCAUGCCCACGCAGAUGGCCCUGAGUGCCAGCACAGGCGAGGCCUGGGACCUGGCUGGGGUGGAGCCGGACAUCGCCGUGCCCAUGAGUGAGGCCCUCUCCACAGCCCGGGACAUAGUGGCCCUGCGUGCCAAGGUGUCCACCGUGCUGCAGACAACUGGGAAACUGGUAGCAGAUAACUAUGCCUCUCCAGAACUGGGGGCCAAGAUGGCUGUCAAGCUGAGCGGUCUGCAGAGCCGCUAUUCCAGGGUGACCUCAGAAGGGGCCCUGGCUGAGAUGCUGGGGGCUGAUCUGCAGAUGCUGUCCGGAGACCCACACCUGAAGACAGCCCAUAUCCCUGAGGAUGCCAAGGACCGCAUUCCCGGGAUUGUGCCCAUGCAGAUCCCUUCCCCUGAAGUCUUUGAGGACCUGAUCAAGUUCUCCUUUCAUACUAAUGUGUUUGAGGACAACCUUGGCUACCUGAGGUUUGACAUGUUUGGGGACUGUGAGUUGCUCACCCAGGUGUCAGAGCUGCUGGUGGAGCACGUCUGGAAGAAGAUCGUGCACACGGAUGCCAUGAUUAUCGACAUGAGGUUCAACAUCGGCGGCCCCACCUCCUCCAUCUCUGCCUUGUGCUCCUACUUCUUCGAUGAAGGCCCUCCAAUUCUGCUGGACAAAAUCUACAGCCGGCCCAAUGACUCUGUCAGUGAGCUCUGGACCCACUCCCGGCUCGCAGGUGAACGCUAUGGCUCCAAGAAAAAUGUGGCCAUUCUGACCAGCGCCCUGACGGCCGGUGCCGCGGAGGAAUUUACCUACAUCAUGAAGAGGCUGGGCCGGGCACUGGUCAUCGGGGAGGUGACCAGUGGGGGCUGCCAGCCACCGCAAACCUAUCACGUAGAUGGCACCCAUCUCUACAUCACCAUCCCCACGGCCCGUUCAGUGGGGGCUGCGGAUGGCAGCUCCUGGGAAGGGGUGGGUGUGAUGCCCCAUGUGGCUGUCUCUGCUGAGGCAGCCCUCGCCAGAGCCAAAGAGAUGCUCCAGCACACUCUGCUGAGGGCGAGAAGGAGCCCCGGGAUGGGUGGGAACUCCAGGCCACAUGCAAAGGGCACUCCAGCACGUGGUCCUGCCUGA